AUGAGCUCGUCGUUCGCCGUGCAUUUUGGCGUAGUUGCCAUCGCCUUCCUCCUGCUUGUCGAUGUGUCCGCGGAGCCGCCGCUGAACAAUGCGUACCUGCCGCCUUCCUCCGGCGGCGGCGGACGACCCUCGUCCAAGUAUGGCGCACCGCCGGCCAGCUCUUACUUGCCGCCCGCCUCGGGCCCGGCGCCGUCUUUUAAUCCGCGUCCAGCUCCGUCCAGCAGCUACUCGGCACCCGGCCCCGGCUCCUCCUCGGGUGGUCCGUAUCCCGCGCCCGCACACAGGCCCUCCAGCUCGUAUGGACCACCUGCCAGCUCGUAUGGACCACCUGCUCGUCCCGCUCCACCCCCAUCCUCUAGCUAUGGCGCGCCGCCCAGUCGUCCCAGCCAAUCCUACGGACCGCCCAGGAAACAACAAUCGCGUCGUCCCUCGAGCAGCUACGGUCCGCCGAAAUCUUCGCCGCCGUCGCAAAGCUACGGAGCACCCGCACCCCCAGCUCCACCCUCGUCCAGGUACGGUCCACCCAAGCAGGCUCCCCCAUCCAGCAGCUAUGGCACGCCAGCUCGUCCCUCCUCCAGCUAUGGUGCUCCAAGCGUGAGCAGCUUCCUGCCGUCACCCUCGGCGCCUGCGACCAACUACGGCGCUCCCUCCAAGACGCAGACCCUGGGCAGCAGCGGCUACACCUCCGGCCCAGCCGCCCCGGCGCCACCCUCCUCAUCAUACGGCGCUCCUUCCAGCUCGAGCUCCUUCCAUCCGAUUUCGCCGCCAUCUUCCAGCUAUGGUGCACCUUCCUCGUCCUACUCCGCACCGAGCCCGGGCGCCAGCAGCGGUGGAUCCUAUCCGGCAGCCCCUUCCAGUUCAUAUGGUGCACCCAGCUCUGGCCCAUCCAGCUCCUACUCUGCUCCUAGCCCAGGAUCAAGCAGCGGUGGACCUUAUCCAGCUGCUCCUUCGAGCUCUUAUGGCGCACCCAGCUCUGGUCCCUCCAGCUCGUACUCCGCACCCAGCCCAAGUGCGAACAGCGGUGGAUCGUAUGCUUCGUCACCCUCCAGCUCCUACUCGGCUCCCAGCUCGGGAUCAGGUGGACCCUAUCCCGCAGCACCUUCCAGUUCGUAUGGUGCACCAAGCUCUGCCCCAUCCAGCUCCUACUCGGCUCCGGCUCCCUCUAACUCAUACCUGGCACCCAGCUCGGGCGCCAGCAGUGGUGGCUCCUAUGCCUCCGCCCCAUCCAGCUCCUACUCGGCUCCUAGCUCGGGAUCGAGCAGCGGAGGACCCUAUCCAUCUGCUCCUUCCAGCUCAUAUGGUGCUCCAUCCAGCUCCUACUCUGCACCGAGUCCCGGAGCCAGCAGUGGUGGUCCCUAUCCUGCCGCACCCUCCAGCUCGUAUGGAGCGCCAAGCUCUGCUCCAUCGGGUGGAUACUCAGCCCCUUCAGCGCCAUCCAGCUCCUACUCUGCACCAAGCCUCGGCUCUAGCAGCGGUGGAUCCUACCCUUCAGCUCCCUCUAAUUCAUAUGGUGCACCGAAACCUCCUUCAAGCUCCUACUCGGCUCCUAGCUCAGGAUCAAGCAGUGGUGGACCUUAUCCAUCUGCUCCUUCCAGCUCAUAUGGAGCUCCAUCCAGCUCGUACUCUGCACCAAGCCCUGGAGCAAGUAGUGGAGGACCCUAUCCUGCUGCACCCUCCAGCUCAUAUGGAGCACCGGCUCCCUCCAGCUCUUAUUCCGCACCCAGUGCAGGUGGAAGCAGCGGUGGACCUUAUCCGGCGGCCCCCUCCAGCACAUAUGGUGCACCAUCUUCCGGCGGCUUUAGCUCUCAUGGCGGAUCAUCUUUCGGCUCCAGCUCUUCAUCAUCCUCCUCAUCAUCCAGCUACUCCACGGGCCCCUCCUCCUCCUAUAAUGCACCCGCAGCAGCUCCCUCCAGCAGCUAUGGCGCGCCCAAUGGCGAUAGCAUUCCCAGCGGUCCCGCCUCCUCUUACGGCGCACCCGCCCAAGACUCCGGCUACGCCUACUCGGCGCCCAGCCAGGUGCCAGAGACCAUACAGCAGGGCUACAGCUCCAACGGCGGCUACACCUACCGCAAGAAGUGA